AUGGCGAUGAAUUUGACGAGUGGGAAGAAGAAAAAGCUAUCUGAAGAGGAACAACAGCAGCAGGAACAACAAAAGGAACAACAGCGGCAGCAACAACGGUGGCAGCAACAACAGGAACAACAGCAGCUGCAACAACAACAGGAACAACAGCGGCAGCAACAACAACAGGAACAACUGCGGCAGCAACAACAACGGGAACAACAAACAACAAGAACAACAGCGGCUGCAACAGCAACAGGAACAACAGCGGCAGCAACAACAACAGGAACAACAUUGGGAACAACAACAACAGGGGCAGCAACAACAACGGGAACAACAACAACAGCGGCAGCUCCACCGCCAGCAGCUGAAACUGACCAUGCCAAACCUAAAUUACAGUCCUAA